CCUUCUCUCUCUACUCUAGCCUGCAGAAGCUCAGAGGUCCUGUCCCCCUUUCCUCUGAGGGACCCUUUUUGGUGACCACAAAAGGUUUUGAUCACUCAGGACAAAGCUAGCAGAGGAGCUCUGGACGACAGCUGGAGGCCAACAGUCCCUACAGGUGGUGCCCAGGGUGAUGUACUGACCAUGAGCGGGUGUUUUCCAGUUGCUGGCCUCCGAUGCCUAUCUAGGGUAUGUCGUGGCCUGGUGUGGGAGGCUCCGACUUCCCCAAGCCCCACUGCUUCUCCUGCUGCCCGCUUGCUUCGGACUCUCACAGAAACCCCACCUGCUGACAAGUUCCUCCCAGGGAAUUGGUCUUGGAUGUGCCAGCGCCUCUGGCCGAGGCCCGCUAACCAGCCUCUCCCUGGCCGGCUCCCGCCGCGCCCCCUCUCGCUUGCUCCCUCCUCUCUCCCCUGCUCCCAGGACGGCGGGAUGGCUGCGCAGGGCGCACCGCGCUUCCUCCUGACCUUCGACUUUGACGAGACUAUCGUGGAUGAAAACAGCGAUGACUCCAUCGUGCGCGCCGCGCCGGGCCAGCGGCUGCCUGAGAGCCUGCGUGCCACCUACCGCGAGGGCUUCUACAACGAGUACAUGCAGCGCGUCUUCCAGUACCUGGGCGAGCAGGGCGUGCGGCCCCGGGACCUGCGCGCCAUCUACGAGGCCAUCCCCCUGUCGCCCGGCAUGGGCGAGCUGCUGCAGUUUGUGGCCAAGCAGGGCGCCUGCUUUGAGGUUAUUCUUAUCUCAGACGCCAACACCUUUGGCGUGGAGAGUGCGCUGCGCGCCGCCGGCCACCACGGCCUGUUCCGCCGCAUCUUCAGCAACCCGUCGGGGCCCGACGCUCGGGGGCUGCUGGCGCUGCGGCCCUUCCACGCGCACAGCUGCGCUCGCUGCCCCGCCAACAUGUGCAAGCACAAGGUGCUCAGCGACUACCUGCGCGAGCGGGCCCACGACGGCGUGCACUUCGAGCGCCUGUUCUACGUGGGCGACGGCGCCAACGACUUCUGCCCCAUGGGGGUGCUGGCAGGAGGCGACGUGGCCUUCCCGCGCCGGGGCUACCCCAUGCACCGCCUUAUCCAGGAGGCGCAGAAGGCCGAGCCCAGCUCCUUCUGCGCCAGGGUGGUGCCCUGGGAAACCGCCACCGAAGUGCGCCUCCAUCUGCAACAGGUGCUGAAGACGUGCUGAGGACGUGGCCUGCAGGGGGCACCCGGGCGGGGAGGGGGUGAGGGGGUGGGGGUCGGGAAAGACACACCUAGCUUUAUUACCCCCUUUCCCUUUCGCUUUGUUAUGAUCCUCCGGGAAUUUCCGGAAUCCUAGGUUCGUCCAUUUGGGGACAGAAAGAGGGAGUUCGGAGCUGUCCCCGUCUAUGCAGUUAACCCAGCUCUGCUGCCUCCCCCAGUUCCACUGCAAGCAAAUUCCGGAGUCUGCCCCACCCGGGUGGUGCGCAUACCUGAGCAGGCAGCAGCGUUUCCAAAAACCUGGUCCUCCCAGCUGUGAGGAAGGGGUUCCCUGGCGGGGUAGAACAUCUCCCGCUGCGUUGGUUUAGUUAAACCAACUAAACCUUUAACUAAAGGUUUAGUUAAACCUUGGGCUGCAUGACCUCCCACCCCCAGUCUUCUGUCAAGGGGACCCAGGCCCUGCACUCUCCACCACCCCCUCCCCCGCACCGGACUCCCCGCGGAGAGGGGUGGCUCUCUCUGCCGAUGGUCCCAGGCCUAGAUCUUGUUUUACCUACUGUGACCCUACACUGUACUCCUGGCCUCCCUUCCCCCCCAACCCUGUCAGCAUCCCCACAGGAAAAAAAGCCAGAGGGCACAGACACCUCCUUGUGGUCGAAUGAGGUAGCACACUGUCCGGGGCUCGGGUCUGGCCAGCCAGGGACCUCACAGACCCCGAAGAUAUCUCCUCGCACCCCAGCCUCGUCUAUGCAGCAAGAAACCAGGGACUUAACCAAAGUUGCCCCGCCGACUGGGCCCUCUGAGUCCCCCUUCUCCCGUAUGGAACAGAAAGCCAUGAUGUUUUAAAGCAGAGCCAGCGGAAACCCAAGGCCCUCCUCCCUCUUUUGGUGUUUCAGAGCUAUAAAGGAGGUGAAGGGGC